UUAAAUAUAUCAUUUACACAAAAAUCCAAACCCAAAAUCUCUAAUAAACAAAUCUUCUCUUAAUAAAAAAAUGAAAGGUGAAUACAGAGAACAAAAGAGUAACGAAAUGUUCUCAAAGCUUCCUCAACAUCAACAACAUCAACAACAACACUCUCUUAAUACCUCUCAUCAUUUCCACCUCUCCUCCACCACACCCACCGUCGUCGAUGACUCCUCCAUCGAAGUCGUCCGUCGUCCACGUGGCAGACCACCUGGUUCCAAAAACAAACCUAAACCACCCGUCUUCGUCACCCGUGACAGUACUGACCCUCCCAUGAGCCCUUACAUCCUCGAAGUCCCUUCUGGUAACGACGUCGUCGAAGCCAUCAACCGUUUCUGCCGCCGCAAAUCCAUCGGUGUUUGCGUUCUCAGCGGCUCUGGCUCCGUAGCUAACGUCACUUUACGUCAGCCUUCCCCUGCGGCUCCUGGCUCUACCAUAACGUUCCACGGCAAGUUCGAUCUCCUCUCCGUCUCCGCAACGUUCCUCCCUCCUCCUCCUCGUACUUCCUUGUCUCCUCCCGUUUCUAACUUCUUCACCGUCUCUCUCGCCGGACCACAAGGGCAGAUCAUAGGAGGGUUCGUCGCUGGUCCGCUUCUCUCCGCGGGAACGGUCUACGUCAUCGCGGCGAGCUUCAACAACCCUUCUUACCAUCGGUUACCGGCGGAGGAAGAGCAGAAACACUCGGCGGGGACAGGGGAGAGAGAGGGACAGUCCCCGCCGGUGUCUGGUGGCGGUGAAGAGUCAGGACAGAUGGCGGGAAGUGGAGGAGAGUCGUGUGGGGUUUCAAUGUACAGUUGCCACAUGGGUGGCUCUGAUGUUAUUUGGGCCCCUACCGCCAGGGCACCACCGCCCUACUAAACCAAUCCUCUUCUUACACAACACAAAAACACUCUCUUCUUCUUUUGUUUCUUUUUUUUGGUAAUUAGGAUGAAUCAAGAAACUAGGGUUUGAAAAACAAGAAUCGUUUGUUUUUUCUAUGUAUCAUCGUCAGAAUUAACUUAUCACAUGCUUAAUCUUUUUUUUCCCACGGUGUAAUCUCUCUCAAAUCUUGGUUUUAUGGUUUUUGUUUAGCUUCGUUCUAUGCGGUUACAAAAGUUCGAUAUUAAAUUUGAUUUGACUCGUAUAACAGUAUGCUUCCAAGUGUCUUUUUAGGGAUAUUUAAAUGUUUGUUACUAUUAA